CUGUCUGUAUUUUUCUCGGCAUCGCUGUAUCCACUUGGUUCCAUCACUGGGCACCUGUCCUGAGGUUGAGCCAUGCAGCGGAGAGCGCGCGGAGCCAACAUCGGUCUUAUUCUGCUUCUUUCUCAAGUCUUCCAUGUUGGGAUCAACAACAUCCCCCCUGUCACCCUGGCAACAUUGGCCCUGAACAUCUGGCUCUUCCUGAACCCCCUGAAGUCCCUGCAUAGCUCCUGCCUCAGCGUGGACCAGUGUUACUGGCAGGGAGACUGGCAACGCUUACUGCUGUCCCCCAUUCACCACGCCGACGACUGGCACCUGUACUUCAACAUGGCGUCCAUGCUGUGGAAAGGAGCCAAACUGGAGAGGAGGCUGGGCAGUAGGUGGUUUGCCUACGUCAUCAUUACAUUCUCUCUGCUCACGGGGGUGUUGUACCUGCUUCUGGAAUUUUCUCUCGCAGUGCUUAUGGAUGAACCCAACUUUCAAAGGAACUGUGCCGUGGGCUUCUCAGGCGUGUUGUUUGCUUUGAAGGUCCUCAACAACCAUUAUUGUCCUGGAGGCCUGGUCAGUGUCCUGGGCUUUCCCGUGCCCAACAGAUAUGCUUGCUGGGCAGAGCUCGUGGCGAUCCAUUUCUGCACGCCAGGGACUUCCUUCAUGGGGCACCUGGCCGGGAUUCUCGUUGGACUGAUGUACACUCAAGGGCCUCUGAAGAAAAUCAUGGAAACAUGUGCAGGAUACACUGGCUAUCAGCACCACGUCCCGCCGGGCAGGCCAGGCGCCUUUGAUGCCUCCCCCAGGAACUACGAUGCCUACACAGCAGGGCUGAGUGAGCAGGAACAGCUGGAGAGGGCAUUAAGAGCCAGCCUCCAAGACCGAGGGAAUGCCAGGAGUAACUCGCCGCCCUACGGGUUCCGCCUCUCGCCAGAAGAAGAAAUGAGGCUACACCGCCUUCAGAGAUUUGACAGCCACUGAAGUGGCAUCUACAUCCUGAGAGACCAUGGGCCAUCUGGGGAGUGAGUGUCCACCCCUGCGCUCCCCAGCCCCCUAGGCCGUUUGAACCAGAGCAGCGUUCACCAUCAUCUCCCAGAUGUCCCCACCUGCCGGGGACCCUGGCUCUCGCCCCCUGCAAGCCAGGAUCUGGAAGCCGCUGCCUUCUCUUUCUGGGCCCCUCAAGGAGGGCCGGCGCCCACACCCCCUGUCCCCCUCUGCCUGCCCCUGAAGGGCCACAGGCCGGCUUUGCAGUUGUGUGUUCGCCCCUUGCUGGGCCCGACGGGCACCAUGUUUGACUUGGUCCCCUGGGCCUCCUGGCACCUGGCCACAGAGACUUUCUGGGAGUGGCAUGGGACUCCUGUGUAGUCCCAGUGUGCUCCACCCUGGUGGCAUAAUGUGUAGCUCACUGGGUUGCAAACCCGAAGGCCUGCAGUUCAAAACCACCAUCUGUUCCUUGGGAGAAAGAUGGGCCUUUCU